AUGGAAUAUGAAGACUGUCAUGAAGAAGGCUUGCAUUUUCGUCGCAAACGAACAGUCCCAGAAGAGCAUCUGCCUCCUUCGAAGCGGUAUCCUAACGAAGCAACCUUAAGCAAGCCUAUAAAUAUGCCUCAACCAGCUAAAAAAAGUAAAAUUAAAUGCCCUGAUUUUCCUGAUCUUCAAUUAAAACUUUCGUCAAAUUUCAUCUCGGAGCCUUCAAAUACAAGAGUCUUAAAUUUAUUAGAAGACUUUUCGAGUCAAUUACAAAAUAUAAUGAAAGAAACCUACUGUGAUCACCCUACAUUGGUCAAUGCCAGCUUAGAAAUGCUUGACGACAUUAUGAUUAAUUGCAAAACUGAGCUAAAACUCUUCAAUGAGAACAAAAAGCUUAAAAAAGAUGAAGAAAUAAAAAUCAAUGAAAACAUGAAGCAUCAAAAGCUCGAAGAAGAAGCAAAAUGGAAAAGAAUCAACUCAUUAAUGAGAAUUAACCCCAACAAUUUAAAGCUGGAAAAAACAAAACUCUAUAUAGACCGAGCUGCAAAUUUAUCAAAACCUGCCUACGAUAAGCUAAAAAUCCUUGAUAUAAAUAUCGAAGAAAAAUCGCCCCAAAAAUUCAAUAUCCACCCUGCAUAUCUUCUUGACUUUUCCAAAAUUCCUGAUAGUUUAAAAGAUAAGGUAUAGAUUUUUCUCUUUAAUGGCGCGAUAAGGCGUUUUUCCAGGUUGGACCAAAAGACCUUGAGUAUGUGAAACUCUGCUUUUCCUUUGUCCCUGGAGAGGCAUAGAGGGUAAAUAAAAUAUCGGCUCUAUUCAGUAUGGAGAGCCGGAAGAAAGGCCAUUUGCCAAAGUUAAGCUUUUACCUGGGAAGUUUUGGAGCUUUGAUUUCUUGCAAACAUUUUAAUUCUACAUUUUUUGGCUCGUCAAAUGGUUUUGACGAGCCAAUUCUGGCCAGUACUUGAAAUAAAAAAAAUAAUUAAUUACCAUUUUUUAAAAUUUUCUGAUCAUCCUAAUAAUCAGAAAUUUUAUUAAAUGGUAGAAGAUCAGACAAAUUAUUAAAACUUUUCAUUUAUUAAUUUUUAUAUUUGUAUAAAGAUGGCUAUAGAGAUUAUAGUAACUUGAAAUUUAAAAAUCACGUGCGGCUGCUACUUUUCAAGGCAGUAAGAAGAACUCAUGGAAAAGUGCUUAUGCUUAAAAUUUCAUUCAAAAUCGUCUAUUAAAGCUUUCAUUUUUCAUUUUUAUGUUUGUAUCAAGAUGGCUAUAGAGAAUAUAGAUACAUGAAAUUUUAAAAAAUCACGUGCGGCUGCGAUUUUUGAGACAAUAAAAAGAGCCCAUAGAAGGGUGCUUAUGCUUAAAACUCCAUUCAAAAUGGUCUAUUAAAACUUUCAUUUUUCAAUUUUUAUUUUUGUAUAAAGAUGGCUAUAGAGACUAUGGGAACUUGAAAAUUUAAAUAUCACGUGCUGCUACGACUUUUCAAGGCAGUAAGAAGAACUAAUGGAAAAGUGCUUAUGCUUAAAAUUCCAUUCAAAAUUGUCUAUUAAAACUUUCAUUUUUCAAUUUUUAUGGUUUUUAUAAAGAUGGCUAUAGAUACUAUGGGAACUUGAAAAUUUAAAUAUCACGUGGGCUAUGACUUUUCAAGGCAGUAAAAAGAACUAAUGGAAUAGUGCUUAUGUUUAAAAUUCCAUUCAAAAUUGUCUAUUAAACCUUUCAUUUUUCAAUUUUUAUGUUUGUAUAAAGAUGGCUCUUAAAUUAAAGUUAUAUUUUUUAAGUGGGAUGUCUGAUCCUAUGCAAAUUUAUUUAAAAAUUCUGAUCAAAAUCCCAUGGUUAAAAAUAUAAAUAAAUUUGUAGCCUUUAUUGGAUGCUGAAAUAGUGAAAACUAGAACUUCUAGGGCUAAAAAUAUCAGAAUUGUUCAAACAAUUAGAACAAAACAAUUAAUAAAAUUUCUGAUUAUUAGGAUGAUCAGAAAAUUUAAAAAAUGGUAAUUAAUUAUUUUUUUAUUUCAAGUACUGGCCAGAAUUGGCUCGUCAAAACCAUUUGACGAGCCAAAAAAUGUAGAAUUAAAAUGUUUGCAAGAAAUCAAAGCUCCAAAACUUCCCAGGUAAAAGCUUAACUUUGGCAAAUGGCCUAUCUUCCGGCUCUCCAUACUGAAUAGAGCCGAUAUUUUAUUUACCCUCUAUGCCUCUCCAGGGACAAAGGAAAAGCAGAGUUUCACAUGCUCAAGGUCUUUUGGUCCAACCUGGAAAAACGCCUUAUCGCGCCAUUAAAGAGAAAAAUCUAUAUUUUUUAUAUAGACUCAAAAAAAUCUUACAAAUGUCGCGUCUUAUGCAGAAGAGACCUGGAGAUGCAAAAAAGACCAAAACCGAGACAAAGGAUAUGCAGUCACAGAGGAUUUUGGGCCACUUUUGUCAGUGUUUUUUGAAGACAGCAGGAAGCUAUUUUCUUCAUUUAAGUCUUUGAAGAUAUAA